AUGGCCGACCAAGUCGCCACCAAGGACGACACGAUAGUCCGCAAGCGCAAGACUCAUCGCAAGUCUCGCCUGGGUUGCGGCAACUGCAAGAUUCGCGGCGUCAAGCACACACAUAUACACACGCAAACUUUCAUACACCGUGCUCUACUCAACAACAUCCAUGACUUACACGCCUCGAACCAACAGUGCGAUGAAUCCAAACCCGCCUGUCGCCGCUGCCACGCAUCUGGCUUCACAUGCAACUACGCCCGCACAGCCCCAACCCUCCAGCUUUCCCACUCCAGCGUCCUGAGAUUCGAUCUCUCGCCCAGCCAAGUCCCAGUCCCCGUUGUCAGUCUUCUCCCCACGGAUAGCAUCUUCUGGGACGCCUCUCUCCAGCCUGGCCUGCGGAUUCCCAUAGUCUUGCCUCUGCAGGGCAGGCUGGGCGAAUACACUCUACGGCCACAAGACUACGCAGCUCUACAUCGAUUUCAGACGAGGACGAUUUCAUCAUUGGGGACCACCAGUCAGAGGAAAUGGUAUCCCAAGAUUGUAUCUGGUCUCGCAAAGGAGGCAAGUCUCGUCUUUCCACCCCCUCCUCGAUGCACCAUGUCGUACAUCGACAUCCAAGCAGCUUCGAUGCUAACAACCUUCAACUCACAGCACCCCUUCCUCUUCCACUUCUUCCUCGCCCUCUCCCUCCUCCACGACGCCCACCUCUCCCGAUCCCCCCUCCCCCAAUCCCACCACGCAUCCCUCGCCUUCCACUGGUACCACGGCUCCGCCAUCCUCUCCCACUUCCUCUCCCUCCCCUCCCCCGAAACGACCCUCUCCUCCUCCCACCGCGACGCCCUCUGGAUCUGCGCCUCCACCCUCGGAGCCGCCUCCUUCGCCUCCAUCCGCACCCAAGACCCUUCCGCCGCAUGGCCCCUCGCCGACCCAAACCCGGCCGUCGACCUCGACUGGCUCAAGAUGGGCCACGGAAAGCGCGCCGUCUGGAACAUCACCGACCCGAACCGUCCUGACAGCGUGUUUCACAAUCUCCUCAACCAAACCCCCAUGCAGAAUCCCAUCGAUCCCUCCGUCAUUGAACCAAACUCGCUCCCCCCGCUCUUCUACUCGGUCUUCAACCUCUCGGCAACAUCAUCCCCGGAGACGAACCCGUAUCAUGGUGCUUGUGCCAUCUUUUCCGCGCUUUCGAUGAACCCGAUCAACGACGACACCGUCAUUCUCUUCCUCAGUUUCAUCACUCAGAUAGACCCCUCAUAUAGGAGUCUCGUCGAAGAGAAGGAUCCUCGUGCGCUCCUCCUCCUCCUAUAUUGGCACUCCAUGGUCGUACCAGAAAAACGAUGGUGGUUACGACGGCGUUGUAUUGUAGAAGGCAAGGCCAUAUUGAUGUAUCUGGAACGGUAUUUCUCAGAUGAUGGCGAUAUCAUGGAGCUGUUGCAAGUGCCAAAGGCAAGACUGGCCAAUUGGAAUUAUAGCAAUACGGGCAUGGUUGAGAAACAUUGA